AAAAUGCCUGGUAGAAGUGUCGACUUGAGACAAACGGUUCCUUUUACUCAUCUUGUGGACAUCUUUGAGAAGAACAAUCUUGCGAAGCCAGAGCCACCACUCUCAGGCGCUUUCAAGGUGCGGGAUACACCAAUGACAUCCUUCAGGAAGUUCUAUGAACGUGGUGAUUUUCCCAUUGCUCUUGAGCAUGACACCAAGGGAAAUAAGAUUGCUUGGAAGGUGGAGAUUGAGAAACUAGAUUACCACCAUUACCUCCCAUUGUUCUUCGAUGGUCUGUGUGAAACCGAGCACCCUUAUGAAUUUUUUGCCCGACAAGGUGUACAUGACAUGCUAGAACAUGGAGGAUCUAAAAUCCUGCCUGUUAUUCCUCAACUUAUAAUCCCCAUCAAAAAUGCUCUGAACACUCGGAAACAUAAAGUUCUGUGCACAACGUUAAAAGUGCUGCAGCAUCUUGUUGUCUCAGCUGAAAUGGUGGGUGAGGCUCUUGUGCCCUACUACAGGCAAAUCCUCCCUGUUAUGAACAUCUUCAAAAACAAAAACUUGAACUCAGGAGAUGGAAUUGAUUACAGUCAGCAGAAACGUGAAAAUGUUGGCGACCUCAUCCAAGAAACAUUGGAAGCAUUCGAACGCUAUGGUGGGGAGGAUGCCUUUAUCAACAUCAAAUACAUGGUACCAACAUACGAGUCUUGCAUGCUGAACUAAGAACUUUGUCUCAUAGCUUUCAUUAGUACUGUCAUUUCGAAUAUCAGGUGAGGGCAGCUGAAAGUGAGACGUUCAGAUAUUGCUCACAGUGUGCUUUGUAUGAAAGUAAGAAAAACAAAGCAUCUAUGAUGAAAGUUGGAACACAGUGUGUCAGAAGCAUUUGGUGUGCAGAAAUUUCUUUAGUGCUGAUAAAAUCUGACACAUUAAUAUAAAAAUAUAUACAUGUAUGUCUCCUGCUCAGCUACAACUAAUUUGCCAUGCUUCACCCUCUCUCCUUUGAAAGCUCUCAGCUUACUCACCUCUAGGGUUGUAUAUAGUUGCUUUGAAGGAAUAAAUGUGAUAGGAAAAAGAAGUCAUGCGGUGGCGCGUUGUGAUCAAUUUUGGUAAAUGUUGAUCAUGACAGAAGUGCCAUUGCUCCAAGCCAAAAAGAUAAUGAAGUACUGUUUGCUACAAUAUGUUUCAGUAUGAUUUUGACAACUUGAGAGAACUGCUCCAUUGGCUUAUACAUUGUUUGGAAUGCUGUCUAUAGUUUCAAAAAAGAGAAAUUUACCUCUUACUCGUUUAUAUCUCUAGACUUUACAUCCAUGAGCAUUGUCCGAUGUUUCACCAUAUUGUAUGUAUCUAUAUUUUUUGGACUAAUUCAAUCAUAUAAAGUUUUUUGGUGAUGUACUGAGAUCUGUGAUAAGGGUGUGUGCUGUAUGAGAGGUUUCAGUCUGUCAAAUCAUUUUCAUCAUAUCCCUAGAGAGCUUUUAUGUAAUAGUACAGUAGGCAAGCAACAAGCACAUUGUAGGAAAUAAUGUUACUGUUUUCGGAAUUUACCAUAAAAAGAUCUCAAGAUUAACCCAUUAUAACUUGUAGCUACUAGGGUAUUUUUUUGCUUAACUUAGUAAAAUGACAUGAGUGCAUGUGAAAAAUGUGCAUUCACUGAGAUUCACAAAGUGCAUUAUUUCAUUAUUUGUGGCGCAAUAUUCCCUGAUGAACUAGAAACAGAGGUGGGAAAUUAUUGUUUGCGGAUUGGGUUUUUUUUGUUUGUUUUUUAUUCAAUUCAGUAUUGAUUGAUUCACCUUUUUUUUAAAAUCAUGAAUAACUGUGACUACAUGAAAGUUGAGUAUGUUACCUCUGUGUGAGAAAGUGGAAGUGGGAACAAUAAAUUUUGUACAUAUGAUGUGGUCAG